AUGAACAAUUCUGACGAGCCAGUCGAUUACGAAGUUCAAGAAGUUUACCAGCUUACACCAAUUAUCAAGGUUCUUUGUAUCUGUUUUUACAAUGUUCUCUGUGUCAGUUCGGUUUACGGUAACUCUCUCGUCAUCAUGAUUAUUCUUUAUUUUCGAAGGCUAAGGACGGCUACGAAUAUCCUUAUUUUGAACUUGGCCAUAGCUGAUCUCCUUAUUGCCGUAUUUUGCAUACCAUUUUCUUAUUGGCAAGUGCUGAUUUUCGAUGAUCAACGUUGGAUAUUUGGCUCGGCAAUGUGUAGUCUUCUAUCAUUUUUACAAGGAAUAGCAGUAUUUCUAAGCUCUUGGACUUUGGUAGUUAUCAGUUUUGAUCGCUGGAUGGCUAUUAUGUUUGUUUUAUCUCCAAGUAUGCGAUUAACCAGAAAACGAGCAAUUUAUUUGGUUUUUGCCACGUGGGCUUUCAGUAUGUGCAUGGCACUGCCGUUGUUUCUCGUAUCGAAAAUACAAAGGACAGGGGACAUAGAACGAUGCGAUGAAGACUGGAGUGCUGUCGAAGCUUUUGUUCCGGGGUCCCGACGUCUUUACUCGUACUUGGUACUGAUACUGCAAUAUGUAGUUCCAUUAACCGUGCUUAUCAUCACCUACACAUUUAUCGGAAUGAAAAUGUGGAACAGCCGAAUUCCGGGCCCAAGUAGUUCUAAUAAGAAAGUUGUGAUGGAAAGGCACGAAAGCGUCAAGAAGUUGAUCCCAAUGGUAAUUCUGAUCUCUGCCAUGUUCGCCUUCUGUUGGCUACCUCUUCUGCUUCUAAUCAACGUUAUAGUGGAUCUAUGGCCUAGCGUUGCAAGUUGGAAAUAUAUUCUUUACUUAUGGUGGUUCUCACAUGGAUUGGCCAUGAUGCAUUCUAUGGUGAAUCCAAUUGUUUAUUUCCUGAGAAAUGCACGCUUCCGAGAAGGAUUCUGCUAUUUUUCACGGUUUCUCCCAUGUGUGCAUUUCCAAGAGUUCAAACUUCUCAGCGAACAAGCAAAAAACACGCGAUCUCGAUCAGGAACCAUUAAUCCUGGCUCAAUGAACUCGCGCUGUACCCCCUCCGAAUACGGUUCUUACACUCGAUUCAUCAACCAGACAAGACCCUUGAUGGUACGUCAAACUACGAUCAUAUAGUGGACUAUGGAAGCUACAGAGCGGGUCUCGAUUGAAAUGUCUAUUGAAGACUAAAAGUGAACAAAUCGAGAGAUUUGAGUGUAAUUUGUUGUUGCUUGUUCUACAAUCGCAUGUUUUUC